CUUUCAGUCAGUCUUUCGGUUGCAUCCGUGCCGUGUGGUUGAUUGUGCGUUUUUCGUGUCGUGUGCUGCUUUGCGUAGUGUGUGAAAUAUUUUUCUUUUCUUUCUGCUUUUCCUGAGCCCCCUCUACGGAAGAAUAACUCUAGCUAGAAUAUAAAUUUGUUAGUGAUUGUGGUGGAAGAUUUAAGAGCGCUCACAUCUGCGAAGUGGGCAAAAAAGUAGUGCUGCUGCUGCAAGUGACAGCGGAAAAAUUCCCUGGAACUGCUUGAAUAUUCACUCAUUUCUUCCCGAAAAGGUGACACACGACGAGUGUUUGUUGGAGUGGUUGUGAAGAGCUAGUGUGAAAACUGUGAAUUACGAAGUACGACUGAACAGAGCAACUCAGAGCGAGAGAGGGUACGCGCAGAAGGUGAAGGUCGCCGUCCGGGUGGAGGAAGAAAUAUAGUUUCUGGAAACGAUCGCGGAAGCUGUGCGUCGAAACCUGUUCAAGAUCAAUGCCACAGCAGUAAACAACACCGCAUCGAUCGCAGUCAACGUUCUGCGAUAAUUUUGGGUUUCGGAAGGGACGUGUCCGCCGGCCAGAAUGCGACUGCUCCGAUGAUAGUGAAAUCCCGUUGCUUCCAAGUAGAGCGAAUCUACGCCAAGUUCUUCCAGCCUUUGGCGCACUAGUUCAACGCCUCACCACAGACACAAAGCAAUAUGGUCACGCCACGGCAGCGCCUCGUGACGACGACAACGACUGCAUGGCUGCUGGCAGUGUGUCUGUUUGCGGCGUCGAUUGUGCUGGUGUCAACCAGCGGUGGCGACGAUGACAUACUGUCCCGCUCGAGGCAGGCCCAUCAACAGCAUCAGCAGCAGCAGCAACAACACCAACAACAACAACAACUUCAUCAACAGCAACAACAACAACAACACCACAAAGCGGCCCAGCAGAACCAGCAGCAGCAUGAUCGUGGAGGUGGAGGUGAAGCAACCGGUCAGAAGGCGUCUGCGACGCCGCAACAGGCCGGCACCACGGCCGGUUCGGGAUCGUCCAACCGCGGUCUGGAGAGCCGCAACUCGUACGCCGUGCUGAGCCAGGCCAUGUCCCAGGCCGUCCACCACGAAUUCGGCACCUACGGCAGCGGCUCGGCCGACGGUGGCUGCAGUGCGGACGACUUUGAGUGCAUCACGCACCACGACCAGCUCGGCAUGGAGGCGAUCCGGUCGCUGCAUCGGCAGCUCGACGACGACGACAACGGGGACAUUGACCUGUCCGAGUCGGAUGAUUUUCUGCGCGAGGAGCUCAAGUACGACUCGGGCUACGAGAAGCGCCACAAGGCGUUCCACUUCAACGACGACAUGCACAUCUCGGUGAAGGAACUGUGGGAGGCGUGGCUGCGCUCCGAGGUGCACAACUGGACCGUCGACCAGACGACCGAGUGGCUCGCCCAGAGCGUCCAGCUGCCCCAGUACGUGCACCUGUUCCGGCUGCAUAAGGUCACCGGCAAGGUGCUGCCGCGGAUGGCCGUCAACAACAUGCACUACGUGAGCAACGUGCUCGGCAUCAAGGAUCCGAUCCACAAGCAGAAGAUUGCACUGAAGGCGAUGGACGCGGUGCUGUUCGGGCCACCGAGGGAAACGGGCACCCGGUGGAAGGACCUGCUGCUGGUGACACUGCUGCUGACGGCGAUCAUCGGCAGUUGGUACGCCUACCAGCAGAACAAGAACGCCAAGAUACACCUCAAGCGGAUGGCGAAGGACGUGGAGGGACUGCUGAAGGCGGAGGUGGCGCUGCAGGACAUGCAAAAGGAGCUCGAACGCGCCCGCCAGGAGCAAGAGAACGUGGGCAAGGAAAAGAUGGACCUGGAGCGCCGGCUCCGCGAGGCCCCCACGCUGUCCUCCUCCAACUCGGACCUGGAGCUGCAGCAGCUCAAGCAGGAGGUGGAAAUGCUGCGCUCGGAACUGUCCCGCGCCGAGGUCGAAAUCAACGACCACUGCUGGACGCCGCCGCAGGGCUUGCAGGCCUGGCUGCAGCUCACCUUCGAGCUGGAGAACAAACACCACAUCCGGAAGCGCAUCCAGGCGGAGAAGCAGCUGAUGUCGGCCCGCGAGGCGUGCGAAAAGCUCAAGAAGAAGCGCUCGAGCCUGGUCGGGGCGUUCGUGUCGACGCACGGCAAAAGCAUCGACGACGUGGACCGGAGCAUCGUGGAGGCACGGCACGCGCUGAACGACGUCACCAACGACCUGCAGGAACGCAUGUACCGGUGGAAGCAGAUCGAGCAGCUGCUCGGCUUCAGCGUCGUCAACAACAACGGACUGGUCCAUCUGGAGAACCUGCUGUACAACCGAAACGGCGGCUCGGGCAGUAAAAGCUAUCGAUCGCGUCUAUCAAGCAGCCAGGACGAUCUAGAUGACGAUUCCGUGCAAGGUUUGUAUGACGGCAUCUGCAGAAGUGGCCGGGACGACUCGUCGGCCAGUGACGACGGAGACCGGACCGGUGACCGGGAAACGGUCACCUUCAUCCUCGGUGGUUGUCCGACCACGUCGAGCAUGCAGCUCGCUGCGUUGAACCCGCUCAACUCGGGGCUCGUGUCACCGGCAACGGCUUCGGCCAUCCUGGCCAGCGUGUCUUCCAACAGCCAUCUUCAGCAGCAGCAACAGCAGCAGUACGGCCAUCACCAGGCGCCUUCGCUGCAGCAGUUCCACCACGGAAGCAGCAGCAGCAAUAGCUUGAACCACUCCAGUUCCGUGUCUUCGACCACGCCGUCCUCGCCGCUUUCGUCGCCGAUAAUGGCGUUUGGCCAGGCGGCGGCCAACAUCAACGACAGUUCGCAAAGUUUGCAGGACGAAACGUUGAUUUCGUCGUCGAACGAGCGGUUCGUGCCGCCCCGCUCGAAGAAGGCACCUGCCAAGCUGCCCACGGCACAGCCGGGCAAGGCACCGAUGCCGCCCCCGCGGAAGACCAUGUCGUCGCAGAGCCUCUUCUCCCUGGUCCGGUCCUCGAACUCGGACCUGGUGUCCCUGGAAUCCCCAGCGGUAUCUGUUUCAGCGGCAGCUGCGGGCCAUCCACCGCCGGCGCCGCUCCCAAUUUCAUCAUCAACGCCCGGCUCAACGCUACAGCUCCAGCACUUCGCUGAUGGCCAGCUCGUUCCCCGCGAACUUCAGCCACUUCAGCACCACCACCAGCCUGGAAAGUUUGUUCCCCAGCCAGCACCGCGGGACGGCGGCCUCGCUGCCGGCACUGCUGCAGCCCCUGCCGGAGAUGGAGGAGGAGUUGGGGCGGCCGCGGCCACGGCGGGACCACCGGAGCUUGACACCUACUCGACCGACUCGUCCACCGUCGACGAGGACGUCAAGCGGCGACGACGAAAGUUGCACUUUCCGUUCGGAAAGAAGUUUAGCAAAUCCUCCAGCAAGAAAACCCAAUGAGCUGGCGGUGGAAGCGGAACUGAAGGAGGAGGAAGAGGGCGAGGGGGAAGGGCAGGAGAUUGAGGACGAGGAGCAGUACCGGCGCCACAGCAAGGACGACGAGCAGCUGUUUCGGAGUGGGCGCCGGAGGAGCAUCUGACAGC